UUGGGGAGGGAGGCGGAGAGCAGGGAAAGGCAGAGGCGAGAGCCCUGCGCGUGCGCAGUCGGCGGUGAAGCGAGGUGGUCGCCAGGGGCGGCUGCAGGCGGAGGGCGAGGAGGCGUCGCCGGGGCUGCAGGUCUGGCCUUCUUUCUGCUGCUGCAGAUGCGAUCUGGUUUUCGCCUGCCCUGACGGAAUUUGAGGAAGCCAAUGUGGGGAAGCCACUUCCCACUCUCCGCCCUCACAACAAUCCUACCCGGUUGGGCAAGCUGCUGAUGCGGACCAUGAAGGGUUGAAACCCCCUCCCCUCCCGCCGCUUGGGGGGAAGCCCCGUGCAAGAUGGCCACCGUGCCUGGCCCCUUGGCUGGCCCCCCGGCUGCUUCACAGGCCCCGGGCGUGGCGGUGUGGGAGUGGCAGGACGAGACGGGCCACUGGCGGCCGUACCAGAGCACCGUGUGCAGCUACGUGGAGCAGUCCUUCCAGGCCCUCCUGCUGAAGGGGCGCCGGGCGUCAGGGACGUGGCCCGUCAACGGCAGCAUCCCCUUGGGACAAGCCGACUCGGCCCUGGCCCCCUACGUCAUCGACAUCCCGAGCCUGACGCAGUUCCGGCAGGACACUGGGACCAUGCGUGCUGUCCGUAGGCACGUCUUCCCGCUCGACUCGGCGGCCGGGCAGGGCGUGGUCUGGGAGUGGCAGAACGACGAAGGCGGCUGGUUCCCCUACGAGAUGAACAUCGGCGUCUACCUGGAGCAAGCCUUCGUGGCCAACUGCCCCCAGGUGGACCUCGGGCACUUUGGCUACAACUACGGGGUCAACUUUGUGGCUCAGACCCAGACCAACCAGACCACCGGCUACCAGCGGAAGGUCCGCCGGCGAGUGGACUCUCCGUACCCGGUGGCCACGGUUGUGGGGCCGCCCCACACGGGACCCACCUGCUCGUGCCAGCAGUGCUUGCUGAACAGCGGGACUGGGCCCAUCACCUCGCGGUAUCGGCACUCCAUGGUGAAUCUUCCCGGCUCCUCAGGAACGCAGGGGGCCGGCAGGACUGUGGGACUUGGUGCUUCCGCCGCGGGCUUCGUGCCUUAUAACAAACCGAGCCUGACCGGGGCAAGGUCGAUGCCGAGGCUGAAUGUACAUAGCGGAGGGACAGCGUUGCCACCUGUGCCCGUUGGCGGGCCAAGCAUGGCCCACGCUGCGACCAGAGGAGCCAGUGUCCCCCAGCUGCCAGUGAGUGUGCCCAGGCCCGGCAAGCUGAACCAAGCCCUCGCAGGCAUGAUGGCCCUCCUGAUGUCAGCCGCCGGAUUUCCUGUGCACCUCACCCCGGCGCCUCGUCCCGCGAGAGCCUCUAAAAAACACACCUCCGCUAAGGAGGGGAGGAGGGGGCGCGCCAAAGGUGGCGCCCGCAGCCCCGAAGACGUGGUGAAGAAGUACUUUGAGGAGCUGAAGACUCCCCCUGCUGGUGAAGACUGCAUCAUCUGUAUGGAGAAACUCGCUGCUCCUUCGGGCUACGGCGACGCUUGCGAAGGCAAGGCGAUCCGGCCGGAGAGCGUCGGGAGGCUGGCCAAGUGUGGCCACACGUUCCACCUCCUCUGCGUGCUGGCCAUGUACACCAGCGGAAACAAGGACGGCAGCCUGCAGUGCCCAUCUUGCAAAACCAUCUACGGCGAGAAGACGGGCACCCAGCCCAGCGGGAAGAUGGAUGUGUCCACGCUCCCCGAAUCCCUCCCGGGCUACGCCGGCUGCGGUUCGAUACAGAUUGCGUACUAUAUCAACAAGGGCAUUCAGGGUCCGGAGCAUCCCAGCCCGGGAGCGCCGUACACGGCCAGGGGCUUCCCCCGUUACUGCUACCUGCCGGAUAACGAGAAGGGGAGAAAGGUGCUGGAGCUCUUGAAGGUGGCCUGGAAGAGGCGCCUGAUCUUCACCGUCGGCACGUCCACCACGACGGGGGAGAGCAACACCGUGGUGUGGAAUGAGAUCCACCACAAGACGGAGAUGAACUCCAACGUCUCGGGCCACGGCUACCCGGACCCCAACUACCUGGACAACGUGCUGGCCGAGCUGGCCGCUCAGGGCGUCACGGAGGACUGCUUGAGACCCUGAGCGCGGCCCCCGCUCUUUGGGGGCGCCUGCCGGCCCCCCACUCACCCCGUUGCCUUACAUUGCUUGCCCUUUUCUGAGCAAUAACACUCUCUCGGGGAUCAUCCACACAGGGAAACUCACCAGAGGACGGUGGAUUAACCUCCCCCCCUCCUCCUCCCUCGGGUUCUUCCGGCAUGUGGUUGUAGCUGCGUGCAAGUUGCAGGUAUCCCAAGUGCCCGGGGUAGAAGUGGGGCGUGUGGGGCACGUUCCCUGGUUGGUCCCUCCUCUCUUCUCCUCCCGCCCCCUCCCAACAGUUUCCCACACACCAGGCUCGUUGCUCGUGUGUUGCAGGUGAGUCUCCUCCUCCAAGCAGGGACCUUCACCUGCCCCGUGAGCAUAAUUCAAGCAUAAUAAAAGUCAGUUCCGAGGAAGCAGCA